UGCACAUUGCUUGCCUGAUUGAUGCUUUCACCGGCCGAGCCUACUAGGUAGGCAAUGAAGCGGAAUGGAACCUUGAAGAUGAGGAUGAUAGCCUCUUUGGGAAGCCAGGGCCGAUCCCGUGACCGCAUGCCUGGCCCUAAAUCAGGUGAUUCGCUAUACUCCAUCAAAGCUACUUAGUAGUAGACAAUGAGGUAGGACAAAGCCACUGAAAUCAUAAUGGACUACUUAUGUCAUUCUCAGAGUGUAAUCUGUACCAGUAUCAGCUCGGACACGCAAAGUCGGCGCCACUCCGUGACUCUUUGUAGAGUUCAAUAAGCUCAAGCUUAUUGAGAGCAAUAUCGGGAUAAUCAUUAUAAGUAUGGCGACUCACAACAGUGUUUGUAAUAUAACGGAGAUGGAGUCAAGCAGUCGCUACGACAGUGCUUGUAGUGCAGUGAGGAGUGAAGAGAAGAUGAGAAAAUGAGAAAAUGAAUCUGGUCGCUGUCUACGCCUUGAUCCGUAUGCUUUGGGCAUUCCUGCCUCCGAGUCGGCUGGACGUCUCCCAAUUCGAGGUUCAUUCCUUGCCAGGCGUCCCUUCUUCUGCUCUUCCUACCAGCUGGGCCGGUCGGAUUCCUGUUCCUGAGACCGAACCCGGCAACUCGUUGUUCUUCUGGCUCUUCCAGGCCGAACACCCUGCGCAUGAUGAUAACCUUAUCAUAUGGUUCAAUGGCGGGCCUGGAUGCUCGUCUCUGAUCGGACUGCUAUCGGGCAAUGGGCCAUUGACCUUCGUUGGCAAUUCUACCGAGCUCGAGCGCAAUCCCCACUCCUGGACGCAGCUGGGACAUGUUCUGUACAUCGACCAACCCGUAGGGACGGGAUUGUCCACGGCGAGUGAGCCCUAUCCACUGUCCGACAACGAGGGAGUGACUUCCUACCUUUACGCAUGGCUACAGUCUUUCUUCACCCACUUCCCUCAGCUCAGGUCCAAGCAGAUCCACCUGAUGGGCGAAUCCUACGCCGGUAUAUACAUCCCCUACCUUGCCUCAGCCGUUGUGCACCACCAGGCCUCCUUUACGCUCCAUCUACGCUCCAUCUCCCUCGGGGAUGCGACAUUUGGCAAUUCCAUCGCCAUGUCCACCAUCCCCACCGUAGCAUACAUGCGCUCCCAGCAAUCGCGCCUACAAAUUCUACCCGAGAUCCUCGACGCGUUCAUUGAAGGCGAUUCCGUCUGCGGAUUUGACCAAGUCCUCCACCAAGCCGCACAAUAUCCGCCUAAGGGACCCAUCCCCAUCCCCGACGAGGCAGAGGACGAUAACGAGACACCAGACCAGCAGCAAACAUGCAGCAGUGACACCGCAGCAGCAGCAGCAGCAGCAGCAAUGCAACCCCCUCUGACCACCCCCGAAGAAAUCCUCUCCUCCAUUCUGAACUCCACCACCGGCGACGGAUCUUGCGCCACAUUCUCCACAGCAUCACGAUACCUCUCCACCACCGCGCAGAACCACCAUCAGUGUUUCGACGUGUACGACAUCACCAACAACUGUACCACCCUCAACCCACUGCCCCUACUAUCUUCAUAUUUCAGCCGACCCGACGUCCAAGUUGCACUGAACUUGCUCCCUCCGUCUCCUUCCUCACCUGUAUCUUCCCAACCUUCAUCAUCAACAUCAUCCUCAUCUCAAUCCUCGCAUCUUCCAUCCCCGGCAAACAGUCGCAAUUCCAAUCCGACCACCUCAGAGACCAAAAAGCAAUCUCCUCCCCCGUCUCCUUCUUCUUCCUCUUCCUCCUCCAUCAUCCCCACCACCACCACUUCCCGCGCACAAACCUAUCUCCCCUGCAACGACACCAUCCGCACUCUGGUCCUCAAAGACGGCCAACUGCCCCAACCGCCGGCGGACACCAUCCUCCCCGACCUCAUCACCACCCACCACAUCGCCCUCCACGUCUACGCUGGCGACAGCGACUUCCUCCUCAACCACUAUGGCAUCGAACUGGCUCUGCAGAAUAUGACCUGGCACGGCGGCCAGGGGUUCUCGCGCCCGUUCACCGGUAAUUAUUUCCAUGUAGACGAUGCGGGCUUCCUGCGUCAUACAAACCACUCCUCCUCCUUGUCCUCUGAUACCACCUGCCCUGCAGAUACCAGUAGCUGCGAUGACCCCUUAUCACCACCACCACCACCGGUGACAGCGGGUCUCUGGACCUCCUCGCGAGGGGUCACCUACCAUCUCUUCUGGGGCGCAGGCCAUGCGGUGUUUGCUAAGAAGCCCCGGGAAAUGUUGGCUUUUGUGCGGGAUGUGGUUCUGGACUCUUCGCAAUGGGAUUGACAUGAUCGCAGUAAAGAUAUAUAUCAAUGUGUACAUGUAAAGGAAAGACAAAAUCACCCAAAUCGCUAAUUG